GGCUGAGCGCAGCUUGACUCUCCGGUGCUUCUCAGUGGGGAUUCUCGUUCUUGGUGUUGUUAUCAAAAUUAUUAUUAUUAUCAUUAUUAAAAAGCUUUUACAGCCUCAGCCCUGGGAUUCAGGAAUGCCUCAGCCGGGACCUGAGAGACUCGCAGAGGCGGACUGACUCAACAGCAUCGCGCCGUCUACUUUCAUUUGGACACAUUUCUCCCGAGUGCGUCUUCUCCUCACAUCCACCUGCCUGCGCCCAUGGAGGGAUGUCGUGAUGCUGUGCUCAAGGAGAACGAAAACUUUGGUGUCGACAUGUGUGAUCCUGAGCGGUAUGACCAACAUCGUGUGUCUCCUGUACGUCGGCUGGAUCACCAACUAUGUGAACAACGGGGGUCCAAAAGUUGCGGAGAGCAGCGGCGAGGCGGAGAGAAAGUUGGAGGAGGACAGUAAAGGGGAGACACUGAGGAUUAUCGAGAGACUGGACCGGCUGGAGAGCGUCGUCAACGAGCACAUUAAAGACACCCCUCAGAAGGACGGGGAAGACACUGCUUCCUCGUCUGACUCAGCCUCAGACUCCGCCUCCUCACUGUUUGACCGCUGGGGUCGCGACCUUGGCCCGGAGAGCAGAAGGGUCGCCCUCAAGAAGUUUCGCUACUUCGGCUACAAUGGCUACCUUAGCGACCGCAUCUCCCUCACCCGGCCGAUCCAGGAUCUGCGACCGGACGGGUGCAGAAACAUUUCAUAUUCAUCAGAUCUUCCUCAGAUCAGCGUCAUCUUCAUCUUUGUUAACGAGGCCUUGUCGGUGUUGCUCCGCUCUGUCCACACGGCCAUCCAGAGAACUCCUUCACACCUGCUCAAAGAGAUCAUACUGGUCGAUGAUCACAGCAACAGCCAGGAGCUGAAAGAGCACCUGCAGAGCUAUGUGGAUGAGACCAACGCUCAGCAUGGCCCAGAGUUCAUCAAGGUGGUGCGCCAUGACAAACAGGAGGGCCUGAUCAGGUCCAGAGUCAGCGGGUGGAGGGCUGCCUCAGCUCCUGUCGUCGCUCUCUUCGAUGCACAUGUGGAGUUCAACACCGGAUGGGCAGAACCUAUCCUGCACCGGAUAAAGGAGGACCGGACCCGGGUGGUGUCUCCCUCUUUUGACAACAUCAAGUACGAUACCUUUGAGAUCGAGGAGUACCCACUGUCUGCUCAGGGCUUCGACUGGGAGCUGUGGUGUCGAUACCUCAACCCACCAAAGUCCUGGUGGACACAACGCAACCACACAGCCCCUAUCAGGAGCCCUGCUCUGAUUGGCUGCUUUGUGGUCGACAGAAAGUACUUUGAGGAGAUUGGCCUGCUAGAUGAAGGCAUGGAAAUUUAUGGAGGAGAAAAUGUGGAACUCGGCAUCAGGGUAUGGCAGUGCGGCGGGAGCGUGGAGGUAUUGCCCUGUUCUAGGAUCGCACACAUUGAGCGUGCUCACAAACCCUACACAGAGAACCUGACAGCCAACGUGCGGCGCAACGCUCUGAGGGUGGCUGAGGUGUGGAUGGACCAGUACAAGAAUCACGUCUACAUGGCCUGGAAUGUUCCACUGCAGAACUCAGGGAUAGACAUUGGGGACAUUUCUGCAAGAAAGGCCCUGAGAUCCAGACUCCAGUGUCGACCAUUCAGCUGGUUCCUCUCCAACAUUUACCCUGAGCUCCGGUCGUACAGUGACACAGUUGCUUACGGAGUGUUGAAGAACAGUCUGAGAGACAACCUGUGUUUGGACCAGGGACCGGACACUGACAAUGUUCCCAUCAUGUACCUCUGUCAUGGUAUGACGCCACAGAAUGUGUACUACACCAGCUCUCAGCAGCUUCACCUGGGCGUGCUGAGUCCAACGAUCGACGAUGAUGACAACAAGUGUCUGGUGGACGUGAACAGCAGACCCAGGCUGCUAGAGUGCAGCUACGCAGCGACCAAACACAUGAAGCUCACCUGGACAUUAACUCAGGGUGGCUCCAUCCAGAACAUUGAGUCUCAGCGUUGCUUGGAGCUGGUGGAGAGCAAACAGUCAGAGUUCACCUUCCAUCUGGCCAUUCAGGACUGCACUGAUCAGAAAUGGACCAUCACUAACAUACUGACUGUUCUCCCACAGUGACCACACUGACAACAGUCUGCCACUGGAGCACUUUGUGUUGUGAUGGACCAAUCAAGAAGUCCAGAGAGUUUAAGUGAGGAGCUUCAAACCUAAAAAAAAAAAGAAAAAUGAAACCAAACCAGGUUCCACCGUCACAGAGUUCUGGUGCACUUAACAAAAAUUAGACUCCAGUCAGAAGUAGGCUAAGUUGCUGACCAAAGCAGGGAAUUAAGAGUCCAAAAAAUGAGCCUAGGUGGCAGACCUAUUUGUAACGAGAAUCUGCACAGGAAAAAAAAGGUGUUCUUCAAUCAGACAUGGGCCAUCAGUAACCUAAUAACCGUUUUAUAGCAAUGACCCGAAGAGACACUCACAGAUGGAGUUGGGGCUCUUAAAACUUCCCUCUCUGCAACCGGAAUGAGAAAUAUAGUCGCUUGUUCCAGGGGACAGGCUCAUGAAAUCAUGUGAGCACUGGGGUUAUUGCAGAAGCAGGCCUGUGAUGGAUUCUGGGUCUCUGUCCUCAGUUAACACUAGGGCAUGUACUAACUCAGUUACAUCACACAAUCACCAGAGCAGACUGCGGGAACAUGUUCUCAAUAGGUUUAUGAGCAGAGGGAAAAUUGCAGGGUGCGUGAAUAGUAUGUUUACAUACUGCAUACUGGUUGAUUUGUUACAAAAAGGACAUGGAAGAGUCAGGCUUUGAGUUAUUAGAGUUACAAACCACUCGACUCCUGUGUGUUUGCAGAACACAUGCCACAGAUUUCCUCAGAAUCACAAAAAAAGUUAGUGUGAAAGUGGAGAAUAAGGACAGAGUGAUUUAAAUAGGCAUUGUGAGGGAAACUCCUUUCAUCAAAAGUUUCAUAGUCUUGCUUGAGAAUCCAUUUGAUUACAUGCGCAGCUGUCAAUCAUCCUGGCAGACGCAAUUUUAUGGGGUUCAGCCACAGAGCGAAAAGAUUAAUCCAGAAAAGAAGAUUUUCCGACUCCUGGCCCCUUUAAUACCAUCUCAAAACACAAAGCUUGCUCUUGCAGCACUGAUACAUUGAAAGUGGUGUGGAAACUGUGAGGGUUGAAGACGAUAAAGCACACCUUAAAAAGCCCAGGCCAGGUCUGAUUUCAUAGAAAGCACAUCAGUCUGAUGAAAGUAGCUGUCAAACAGGUGAUAUCAGAGCUACCCUUCUGAGAUGUACUUACUCUAAACUAGUCAUAUGAUUGGUGCAUCAGCUGUGUGUGACAUCAAAAAUAAACGUGAGGCAGACGCAAGAUGACAAAUUCAUAUGAACAAUAAAGUACAGAAGAGGACUUGUUACUGAAUUAUCACAUCAGCAAAAUCAGGAUUCUUAAGAUAUUUAGAACGGUUUGAAUUCAAACACAUUAUUCAGAUUUAUUAAGAGAAAAGGGGGGUGGGGGAGGGGGGUAGCAUUGAGAUAAAACUUUUGGUCUGGAGUGCACAGGGUUGUGGAGCAGUUAGAAUGUGGAGACCAUUCAUGUGUACAGGCAGCCAGCGUGAAGCCAGAAAGCUCAACCAGACCAAUUUCCUCAAAUAUGUUUUCUCUUUUUAUCCGUCUACUGCUGAAAGAAUCCAUUGUGCUUUAUAUUCUCUGGAUCAAAUUUGAUGCAUCUUCAAAUCUGCAGGUACACACUAAUUCACUGUUCCUGUGCAAUGAGUAAACAUUUUCAACUUUUAAGAUUCACCAAAAAAUACAGUAAACAAUUAAUACUAAUUCGCUUAGCAAUAGGCUACUUAAAGCUCCUGUGAGGAGAUAUUAUCAGGUUAUGAAACAGACUGAAAUUAACACUGAUUCCUCUAUAUGACCUCCAAAAGCACCACCAACAACAUUGCUAAUUUAUUUAUAGGAAUUUUGAAUGUUUGUUAAAAGGUGUUAGACAAAGCAGGUUAGCGCGAGCUGCAGGAACAGUCAUGGUUUACAGUUUCCCCUGCAAAGAUUCAUAUGCAGAACUGCAGAACUAAGAGCAUGAGCGAGUGAAUGCUAACAUUAGCCAAACUAAACAAUGACUGUAGCUCCGCAGUGUUUUUUUGUCAGGCAGUUGCUUCAUGAAAGUUGUUCAGUUUAAUCCUUAAACACAUAGAGGGGACAACAAGAGAUGGUAUAUCAUUGAUGACAUUCUGAUCCAGUGAUAGGAUCAUUGGAAAAGAAAUUAAAUGACAGGUAAAAACACAUGACAGAAUUUUGACGACCCCAUCCAUCAAAAUGACAGUGAGCAAGAAAGUCUAACAUCUGGAUGAGAUGUACCUGCUUUGCCCAUAGGGGGUGCCAAAAUCAACCCACAUUCAAAGUUCCUUACAGGAGCUUUAAACUACCAUCAACCCCUGAUUUAAAAUUUUUGAUGUCUGUUUGAAUACUUAUUCUAGCUUGUAUACAUAUUUUACAAAACACUCAAAUAGUUCCCGGGCAGUCUUCCUGUUCCUCUCGUUUAAGGAGCUGGAGAAGGCUUCGGCCCUCAGUCCUCUGUAGAACACAUUUUAAAGGAAGCAGCACCUGAAAUGGGCUCGUCAUGAAAUUCUCCACCUACACACGUUGCACAAGGUCGAGCCCUUCUUUGUUAACAGGUUUGCUGGGAAACGCAGGACAUUGUUCCUGAGUUGUGAAUCAGCUGAUGAUUCAUUUAAGAGAAGAGAAGUGAGCAUUGCAAAGUGAUGUUUUUAUCAUGUAACAGAAAGAUUCUAUUUGACAGCAGAUGAGCAUCCAAAGAGGACAUUUUCCUUUUGAAAGUCUGCUGCUGUGUGGAUGUGUGUGUGUGCCCUAUCAUUUUAUUAUUUUUCUAUAAAUGCUUUGUUCCCUUAGAGCUCUGAAUAACGGCUAUUCACAAGGUAGCGACUCUGCCAACGAGACUGUGAGCAGGCUGGUAUUUCUUCUACAUUUCUUAAGUGUACACUGAUCCAUGGUGGGAAGUUAUUCUAAAAAAUAAAAAAAAAGGCUAAAUUCUUAUCUUCCCAUGCAUGUCAUUCUAAGAAAUGUGAGUCCCAUAGACGUGCAAUAACUCAUAAUUGGACAUCUAUGCAGAUCUACCAGUGUUGAAUAUGUCUCAAUUCUGAGCGUGUGAUGGGAAAAUUUUAGCCCAUCAGUGGUUGAGAUACUAGUGUGCCUGGAUGUAUCUUUUAUGUAUGAAUUAAUUGAUCUUUUCCUGAUUUGACACAUGCAUAUACUACUGAUGAAUUUACAGAUUCCAAAAGUGACAUGCUGUCAUGACGCUUUUUAAUUAAAUAUUACUGCUUUGCAAUCAAUCACACAAUUAUUCAAAGCCCAAGCCUUUGCCAAUCUCCAUCAAUAAUUCAACACAGACACAGGAUGAUGCUAUUUAUAAUUAAUCUGGAUCAAAGCAUUUGACAGUUUUCUGUUUCAAUCACAGCCCACUGAGGUACCGAUGAGAGCGACGAGCAGUGGAAACUUUUUUCUAUCGGCUACUGUGUAGCAUCUGUUAGCAAACCUUCUGUUGAUCUUCUCUUCUUUGUGUGGCUCAGGUUUGUGGAUCCUGAAAUCUUUAAAAGUAUCUCAAUUUUUGGGAAACUGUUAGUAUGUAUCGAGUCAUGAAAAUGUCCAAGCUAUUUUAUUAGUGUAUUUAAACUGAAUAUUUAUAAACAGUAAAACAUGAA